GAGUAUGUGCAGAUGAUGUCAUUGAAUGUAGGAGCAGAAGAUCCCACAGAUAUUGAUUGGUUAUCGAGUGAACUGGAUGACUUGGAGAGCUUUUCUAGUAAUAUAUCAAUAACCGAUAAAGAAAAUUCAGAUUAUGAUAUCGAUGAAAGCAAUAUUCACAUUGAUUUUGGUAACGACCAAUGUGUAAUUACAGAAGUAAUUGACGGCAAACUCAAAAAAUGUUCCAAUCCUACAUUUCGGUCAAUAAAGCAAAUGAUGGGUAUUUGGGAGUUGGACUUUGAUACGGUUGAUGGGAUUUUGAAACAAAGGAGUGAUUAUGCUUAUACCUUGCAAUUUCUUGGCGUAUGCUCAAGUCAUUUUAACUUUGAUCAGGACGGAUUACAUACGAGAGGAUCAAAAAUAGAGGUGGCAGAUGCUCAUUUCAUUCAUGAUCAGUUAUGGAACGUAAU